UGGGUGGGUUGGCUGGCAGUUGUGCAGCAUCCCUCUUUCUCUUUCUUCUUCCCUAUAGAAAGGAAAGAAGAGCAAGGCAGACCCAGGGGAAGCAGUGUGUGUCUGUGGGGGGUGAAGUCAGUCAGUCUGUCUGCCAGCCAAGUGCUGCUCCCUGGCGCUCAGAGGCUGCUCCAUCGCUCUCGCUCGCUCUCCAGCCUCCAACUCCCGCAUCAUUCAUUGCUCGCCGGCUACUACCAUGCGAGAUCAUGGCCGCCUUCGGGCUCCUCAGCUAUGAGCAGAGACCUCUCAAGCGCACCCGCCUGGGGCCCCCCGACGUCUACCCUCAGGACCCCAAACAGAAGGAGGAUGAGCUUACUGCUGUGAAUGUAAAGCAGGGAUUCAGCAAUCAGCCAGCCUUCUCUGGAGAUGAGCAUGGGUCUGCUAGGAAUAUUGUCAUUAACCCUUCAAAGAUUGGUGCUUAUUUUAGCAGCAUAUUAGCAGAGAAGUUAAAGCUUAAUACUUUCCAGGACACAGGAAAGAAGAAACCACAAGUCAAUGCCAAAGACAAUUAUUGGCUAGUUACUGCUCGUUCUCAGAGUGCAAUUCACAGCUGGUUUGCAGAUUUAGCAGGAAACAGACCACUGACUAUACUAGCAAAAAAGGUUCCAAUUCUCAGUAAAAAGGAAGAUGUUUUUGCUUAUUUAGCAAAAUACUCUGUGCCACUGCUGCGAGGAGCAUGGCUGAUCAAAAUGACAUGUGCCUAUUAUGCUGCCAUUUCUGAAGCUAAAAUCAAGAAACGUCAAGCUGCUGAUCCAAAUCUUGAAUGGACUCAGAUUUCAACCAGAUACCUUCGAGAACAGCUAACAAAGAUUGCAGAUUUUUAUCAUAUGACCUCAAACCAAGGCGGUAACUCUGUAGUUGUGCCUCCUGAGGUGGAACAAGCCCUGAAGCAAUGGGAAUAUAAUGAAAAGUUGGCAUUUUAUAUGUUCCAGGAAGGAAUGCUUGAAAGACAUGAAUAUUUAACAUGGAUAUUGGAUGUCUUGGAAAAAAUGAGACCUGCUGAGGAAGAACUUUUGAAACUGCUCCUACCAGUAAUGUUGCAGUAUACAGAAGAGUUUGUUCAGUCAGCCUACCUGUCACGCCGCCUUGCUUAUUUCUGUGCCAGACGUGUCUCUUUAUUGAUAAGUGACAGUCCUAACCUCAUAGCUACCCACUCACCUCAUAUGAUUAUUGGACCAAAUAACCCUCCUUUAGCAGCACCCAGCCCUACUACAGCUGGUCCCGUGGUAAACUCUGUGCAGCUAGCCUGUUCAGAUUUCCUCUCUUGCCCUCAGCAUCGCCCACUUGUUUAUGGACUAAGUUGUAUGCUGCAGACUAUAGCUCUCUGUUGCCCAAGUGCCUUGGUGUGGAAUUAUUCCACAAAUGAAAGUAAAAACGUCAAUCCUGGUUCACCGUUGGAUUUACUUCAAGUUGCUCCAUCUAGUUUACCUAUGCCAGGGGGAAAUUCUGCCUUCAAUCAGCAGGUUCGUGCAAAGAUUUAUGAGGUGGAACAGCAAAUAAAACAAAGGGGUCGUGCUGUGGAAGUGCGGUGGUCAUUUGACAAAUGCCAAGAAUCAACUGCAGGAGUUACUAUAAGCCGGGUUUUGCAUACAUUGGAAGUGUUGGAUAGGCAUUGCUUUGAUCGAUCAGAUUCUAGUAAUUCAAUGGAAAGUCUUUAUCAUAAGAUUUUUUGGCCAAACCAGAACAAGGAUAGCCAAGAGGGAAACCAGGAACAAUUAAAUCCAUCAUCUUCUAACCUUUUAUUUGUCUUCAGGAUUGCUGACCCAAACAGUGAAUAUGAGAAGAUGGAGUUUGUAAACCUGGUGCUGCUUUUCUGUGAGUUUAUACGCCAUGAUGUUUUCUCCCAUGAUGCUUACAUGUGCACUUUAAUAUCACGUGGAGACUUGUCAGUCACUACAGCUUCUAGGUCACGCUCACCAACUGAGGAAAAUAUGGAUGAACAGUAUGCUAGGGAGCAAGAUAUGAAAUUGGAGAUUUUUUCGCCAAUGCCUGGGGAGCCUUGUGAGAACUUGAGUUCCAUGUCUGUACUUGACAGAAGAAUUUCAAUUAACAGUGAAAAAUCUGUGAAGAGAGAGAAAGUGAAGGAGUUGAUCUUUCCAUCAAACUACAACCUCCUUCGCCAUUUGCAAUAUGCAACACAUUUUCCUAUACCUCUGGAUGAAUCUUCGAGUCAUGAAUGUAACCAGCGUAUGAUUCUUCUUUAUGGUGUUGGCAAGGAACGCGAAGAGGCAAGGCAUCAGCUAAAGAAGAUCACCAAAGAUAUCUUGAAAAUCUUAAAUAAGAAAAGCACUACUGAAAUGAGUGCUGGAGAUGAAGGGCAGAAAGUCAGAAAGAACAAGCAAGAAGCCUUUCCAACUUUAGAGACUGUGUUUACAAAACUGCAGCAGCUGUCAUACUUUGAUCAACAUCAAGUGACAUGCCAGAUUUCCAACAAUGUUCUGGAACAGAUUACUAGUUUUGCUUCAGGAACAUCAUACCACCUUCCAUUGGCUCACCAUAUACAGUUUAUAUUUGAUCUGAUGGAGCCUGCUCUAAAUAUCAAUGGCCUUAUUGACUUUGCUGUUCAGCUGCUGAAUGAGCUGAGUGUGGUAGAAGCUGAGCUUCUGCUGAAGUCAUCCAGCCUGGCAGGGAGUUAUACAACAGGGCUGUGUGUUUGCAUUGUUGCUGUGCUGAGGCAUUACCAUGCCUGCCUCAUUUUGAAUCCAGACCAAACUGCUCAGGUUUUUGAAGGAUUAUGUGGUGUUGUCAAACAUGUUGUUAAUCCAUCUGAAUGCUCUUCUCCAGAAAGAUGUAUUUUAGCCUAUCUCUAUGAUCUCUAUGUAUCAUGUAGCCAUCUCAGAAGCAAAUUUGGAGAUCUGUUCAGUAGUGCCUGCUCAAAAGUGAAACAAACUAUUUACAGUAAUGUGCAGCCUUCAAACUCCAACUUGUUAUGGGAUCCAGAAUUUAUGCUGGACUUUAUAGAGAAUCCCUCUAUUCGCAGCCUCAACUAUUCAAUGUUGGGCAAGAUCUUGAGUGAAAAUGCUCCUAGUCGUUAUAGCUUUGUGUGUAAUGCAUUAAUGAAUGUAUGCAUGGGACAUCAAGAUACAGGCAGAAUUAAUGACAUUGCCAACUUGUGUGCAGAGUUAACGGCUUGCUGUACAGUGCUAAGCUCAGAAUGGUUAGGUGUCUUGAAAGCCCUUUGCUGCUCUUCAAACCAUGUCUGGGGAUUUAAUGACCUUCUUUGCAGUGUGGAUGUCAGCGACCUUUCCUUCCAUGAUUCAUUGGCCACUUUUGUUGCAGUACUCAUAGCCCGCCAGUGUUUCUUCUUGGAGGAUGUAGUUCAGCAUGUUGCGCUUCCCUCUUUACUUACAGCAGCCUGUGGAGAUCCAGAUGCUGAGCCUGGAGCAAGGAUGACAUGCAGACUUCUGCUACACCUUUUUCGAACACCUGAGGUUUCUCUUUUACCAACUGGGAAAUCUUUUCUGGGAAUUCGGUCGUCUUGUGACCGACGCCUGUUAACUGCUGCUCACAACAGCAUAGAAGUGGGAGCUGUGUUUGCUGUUCUGAAAGCAAUACUGAUGCUUGGUGAUGCUGAAAUUGGAAGCAACAGUAUCCCAUCACUGAAAAAAUCAGAUUACUCUGUACGAAGAUUACUAGGUGAUCUUAAUGAUGAUGAGAUAUGGGAUACUUCAUCACAUUCUUUGAAAUUAUGUGGAAAACCUGUCUCCAUAGAAACUGCUAGUCUCAGUGAAUAUGCUAGAUAUGUGUUAAGAAGUAUAUGUCAGCAGGAAUGGGUGGGAGAACACUGCUUGAAAGAACCUGAAAGGCUGUGUACUGACAAAGAUCUCAUCCUGGACCCAGUUCUCUCAAACAAGCAAGCACAGAAAUUGUUGCAGCUUAUCUGUUAUCCUCAUGGUGUUAAAGAAUGUGCAGAGGGUGACAAUCCUCAAAGACAACACAUCAAGCGCAUUCUUCAGAAUCUAGACCAGUGGACUCUCCGGCAAUCGUGGCUGGAACUCCAACUGAUGAUUAAACAGUGUAUGAAGGAGCCUGGUUCUGGGUCUGUGGCUGAAAUGAACAGCUUGUUGGAUAAUAUUGCAAAGGCGACAAUAGAGGUGUUUCAGCAAUCCGCUGAUCUAAACAAUAACUCUUCUAACUCUGGUAUAGGCCUCUUCAAUCCAAAAUCUGUUGGAAAUGCUGACACACAUAUUACAAGGCAGAACAGUAAAAAGACAUUCCUAAGUUCUUCUGAACGGCAAGGUGUGUGGCUUGUGGCUCCCUUGAUUGCAAAGCUGCCUACUUCUGUUCAAGGCAGAGUUUUGAAAGCAGCAGGAGAAGAGCUAGAGAAAGGCCAGCAUUUGGGAUCAUCUUCAAAGAAGGAGAGAGACAGGCAAAAACAAAAGAGCAUGUCACUUUUGAGUCAGCAACCUUUCCUUUCUUUGGUACUUACUUGCCUUAAGGGACAGGAUGAGCAGCGAGAAGGGCUUCUAACAUCUCUACAAAAUCAAGUUAAUCAGAUAUUAAGCAACUGGAGGGAAGAACGAUGCCAGGAUGAUAUUAAAGCAAGACAAAUGAUGCAUGAAGCCUUGCAACUCCGUCUUAAUUUGGUGGGAGGGAUGUUUGACACCGUGCAAAGAAGUACACAGUGGACCACAGACUGGGCACUUCUGCUCCUUCAGAUAAUAACAUCAGGAACAGUUGACAUGCAGACAAACAAUGAAUUAUUUACAACUGUGCUUGACAUGCUGAGUGUGUUGAUCAAUGGAACAUUAGCUUCAGACUUGUCAAAUGCAAAUGAAGAGAACAAACGGGCAUACACGAAUUUGGUGAAAAAGUUGAAAAAGGAACUAGGAGAUAAGUGUUCAGAAAGUAUUGACAAAGUUCGUCAACUUCUACCCUUGCCAAAACAAAUGUGUGACAUUAUUGCUUGUGAGCCCAUGGGAUCAUUAAUUGAUACAAAGGGAAACAAAAUAGCAGGAUUUGACUCCAUAGAUAAGAAACAGGGCCUUCAAGUCUCAACUAAGCAGAAAGUUUCCCCAUGGGAUUUAUUUGAGGGCAACAAGAAUCCUGCGCCACUCUCCUGGGCUUGGUUUGGAACUGUCCGUAUUGACAGGAAAAUAAUAAAAUAUGAAGAACAGCAGCACCUCCUCCUCUACCACAUGCAUUCAAAACCCAAGCCACGAAGUUACUAUCUUGAACCUUUACCUCUUCCUCCUGAAGAAGAGGAGGAGGAAGAAGACCCCACCACCCCUGGAUCUCAGGAAGCAGAGCGAAAGUCAGCAGAGCUGUCGGAUCAGGGAAAACUUUCAAUUGAUGAAGAAAAGAAGGGGAAAGGGAGAAAAAGAAAGAUGAAAUCAACUUCCAGAACAGAUGACAGCAUAUAUAGAGUGCCUCCCAAUUAUUCACCAGUUUCUUCUCAAAUGAUGCACCAUCAUCAGUCUACUUUGUGGGGCUACAAUGUUAUGGGACAGCCUCAACAGGCUGGUUUCUUUGUCCAGAAUCACCUUCUUCCACCAGGUGGCUCCCGAUUGGAUCCUACAGGCUCAUUUGUCCCAACCAACACAAAACAAGUGCUAUCUAACAUGUUACAAAGGCGUUCCAACACCAUGAUGCAGCCACCAUCUAUUCAUGCAAUUACUUCUCAGCAGCAACAGCAACAAUUGCUCCAAAUGAGGAUGAUGCAGCAGCAGCAACAGCAACAGCAGCAGCAGCGAUUUUUAAGACAGCAAGCCCAGGGUCCAGCAAUCGAUCAGGCAGCUAUUUUUUCCCAGCAGGCCCGACCUUCUCAGCUUCCACAGUAUCCAGGGAUACAUCAUGCACAGGCCAUUCCUCAUGGCUAUACAAUGUAUAGUACUCAAAUGUCAUUGCAAUCACAGCAGGCUGGCGGUUUAGUCCUUUCACCUACCUACAGCCCCAGAACAUAUCAAGCAGCUCAUUCAAAUCCAGCUCUAAUGGAGAGACUAAGGCAGAUUCAACAACAGCCAAGUGGGUACAUUCAUCAGCAAGCAGCUGCCUAUCUUCAACCUUUAACAGGCAAUCAGCGCUUAGGUCACCAGGUUUUGCAGCAAAAUCCUUUGGUUGGAGGGGCACUAGAUGCUAUACCAACCACAGCUUCCCACCCAAACCUUAACUCAAUACAAAUGCCUCAGGAACAGAUGAGACAGAGACAGCAGCACAUUCGACAACAGAGACUCCUUCAGUUGCAGCAACAGCAACAACAGCACCAAAGUCAGCAGCAAGCCCUUAGUCUCCAAGCAAUGCAGUCUCAGCAACCAUUGUUCCCAAGGCAAGGCUUGCAACAGACACAACAGCAACAACAAACAGCUGCUCUUGUCAGACAGCUCCAAAAACAGCUGUCAAGUAACCAGCCACAGCAGGGAGUGAACCCAUACGGUCACCCUUCACACUUCUGAAGAGUGAAGAAAGACAAAGUGUUUGCACUGAAAAGUAGGAGAACAGAACUUGAUGCACUAAUUUUGUUUAGGUUUUUUUUGUGUGUGCUGCAACUAAUGUGAAUAUGUAAAAAAAUGUGAUUUUGUUUGUUUGUUUUGUUUUUAAUUAACAUUUGGAAUAUGUCGGCCUAUAUUAAAAAUGAUGUUGCUGCAAAAUAUAUGAACUUGGUGCUUUGGGAUAUUAAAACGUUUCCCCCCAAAAGAUUACAAAUCCUGGAUUUCUUUUUUUCUGGAGAACAAGGAUUUUUUUCAUCCUUCUUAAGAACUCGCUGGACCAAACCUAUUGACUAAACAACCCACUCUUUUUUGCAUAAUGAUUACCCCACCCACCCCCAUAUAUUUUACCAGUUUUGGGUAAAACUUGUAUUGAUUUUAGUUGUGUUAAUUUUGAUAAUGUUUGUAGUUUUCACAAGCACUUUAUAAACUCAUUAUUUUCAAAGUUCCUGAUUACUCCCUUACUUUAAUGGAAAUAAUAAAAUUUUGAAGGAAGAGCCCUAUUUGUAGUCAUAAAGUUUCUAUAAAAAUUCCAUAGUUCAACAAUAAUGAACCUGCUAGAUUUUUCUUUCAUUGGAAAUCUCACUGGAAACAGCAACUUUUGCAAUCAAAACCACAACAAUGAUGGGACAAUUUACUUGGAAUGAGGCAAUGGAUGCUACUGGAGAAGUCACAAUUAAACCUAUUUUAGACUCCAGUUAUGUGUAUUGUUGGUUAGUAUCCAUGCAUAACUACUACAAAAGUCUGUGGAAUUUAAAAAUUGCCAGUUAUGCACAGAGUUAUAGCCUGUAGUUUUAGUUAAAGACUGGAAUCAGAAAGCAUAUUGGUUUUCAUGUUGUCUCCCAUAAUCUUUUUUGGAAAUAUUUACUAGAGCUUCCACAGCAUGAAACAGAAGUUAAGGUGACAAUUUUCUACUUUUUAUUGUGUAAGUAUUCCAAAACAGUUUUGGGAAGUUGGUUCUCCUCCUUCCAAAUGGAGAUGUUACCCAGUAAUGUGAAGAAUAACUGUUUGCUGUGAUGUUUUAGAUAUAUUACUUUUAAUGACACUCUAUCUAUGGCAGUGUAUGUGUGGGAUGAGAUUUAUUGCAUAAUGUGAGCCUCCACUGACAAUGUUAAAUAGCAGUUUUGUUUGCCAAGGACUGGAAAUUAUCUAUCUUACAACAGGAGUGGACAAUCUCUGGCCUUCUAGAUGGUCUGGGCAUCCAUCAGCCCUAUGCAGCAUGACAAGUGGUAAAGGAUUGUGGGAGCUGUAGUCCAAAACAUCUGGACAAAGAGCUGAUGAGUAGCAAAUGUAUAUAUACUGGUGAGGGCUCACAUUAUAGAAUACUUCCUACACAUGAAUGGUUAAGGAGAAACCCUAGCUAGAACUUCAGUUUUGUAUGGAGGAACAUAAAGUCUUGACUUCUUACCUGCCAUCGUAAGCAGUCCAGGCUCAGGAUUACCACUCCAGCUACUGUUUAUGAGAACUAGGCCUUAGUUUUCUAGUCACAGGGAUAUUUAUUUAUUAUUUUGUACUGUAGGCACUCAAAACUUUAAAUUUGGGUUAUUUUUGUUCAUGUAAAUACAGCUGUAUUUAUAAAUUUGCUGCAAAAGCACAAUUAAAUUAUUCAUCAAAUGUAUUGCUAUAAAAAUAGAAACUAUUUUAACCUUGUAGAAGUCCUAUUUGCUCAUAUUCGAGUAAAAAUUAUCAGACAAAACUACUGUUUUGUGAAUUUGGGGUAUUCUUUAUUAUCUUUUUAGAAUUAGAUGGACAAAUUUUAAUUAUGACCUAUGUAGGGCAUUUAAAACAUUUGGAACUAUUUUACCAUGUUUAUGUACAAAUUUCUCAUUUGCCUUGUAUUAGGAUUACAGUAAAAUUUACUGUGAAAUAAAACGGUAUCUACUGAGUAAA